ACUAUGCACUGAUUGGUCAACAGCAUGACACUUCUUCCUCCAAAGCCGGAAGGAGGCCGAAGAAGUCAACAUGGGCACUCGUUUGAAGGUCCUACGUGCGUUUAAAGCGCUGCACAGAACAAGGAUGGCUGUAUUCAAAGAAGAUGACGCAGCAUUGACAGCCGCAAGGUUAAAGAUCAACGAGGAGUUCCGGAAAAACAAAGAUGAAACAUCUGAAGAAAACAUUCAGAAGAUGAUCAAAAUGGGUUCAGAUGUGGAAAUUAUUCUCCGACAGUCCGUCUUACAAAUGGAACAUGUAGGAGAAAAUAAGCUAUUGCUUCGACCCAGAGAGAGCCUUCUACUAGAAAAUGUACCCUAUUGUGACCAGCCCAGGACAAAGUCAUGACAGACCACAUGAAUACAUCUGUUUAAUGAAAAUAAAAAAUCAAAAACAGACUUACCAUUCAUUACCAUCCAUAUGCUUUUCAAAGAAAUCAACCAAAAUGGAAUUUCAAGUUGUUUAGGAUUUCCUGAACAAAGCAACAUUUUAAAGAUCAUCUCUACUUGAAGAAAUGUUUUUGAUUCUGUGAAGAUCUCAACUGUUCUGUUCAAGAAAUCUGUGCUGUAAACUGAAUGCCAUAAUGUAAUGUACAGUAUUUUCUCAGAUGUUUGUGAAAUGUGUUAACAUUUGAUUUGGAGGUUUUCCACAUGCUUUUCAGUAGCUUGUGAUUCAACUGAAUCAGGGAGAGGAUUGUUACUUUGCUGCUACUGAAUAAAAAUGUGUCUUUGUGUGUCCCCUAAC